CAUGGCCGAACAGAGCCUGAUUGACAGCGAAGAGGAAAACAUUUUAUACGACCUGCUGGUUAUUACUGAAUGGCCGCCGGAGACGGACACUCAGGUGCGAGGCAACAAGGAGCCCAACACGUCCCUCGUUGCUAAAGCUGUGACAGGGCCAUUCCGCUUAAUUCUGCACUACUUAUGGUACAGCCCCUCCAGCUCCUCUCUGCCACUCGGUCUUGUCCGUCUGGCAAACAAGCAGAUCAACUGGCAGCUGGUGCUUGCAAGUAAUGGAAAACUCUUGGCAGUGGUUCAGGACCAGUGUGUGGAGAUUAGGUCUGUGAGAGAUGACUUUGGUUCAGUCAUCGGGAAGUGCCAGGUGCCAAAGGACCCAAACCCCCAGUGGCGGAGGGUGGCAUGGAGCCAUGACUGCGCCCUGCUGGCAUACGGGGACAGCACUGGCACCGUGCGCCUGUUUGACCUCAUCGGCAGCGAGCUGUUUGUCAUCCCGCCGGUGCUGAGUUUUCCAGGGGAUUUCAGUUGUGCAGUGGCAGGCCUGAUCUUCCUGGAGUACACAGCCAGCGCUCAGUGGUCAGCAGAGCUGCUGGUUAUCACAUAUGGUGGUGCUCUGAAGAGCUAUCUCGUCAGUGUGGGAACCAAUCAGAACUUUCAGGAGAACCACAGCUUCAGUUUCUCUGCCCACUACUCCCAUGGCAUCACCUCGGCUUUUUACCACCCGGGCCACCGAUUGCUGCUGGUGGGAGGCUGUGAGUCUGGAGACGACAGUACAUCCAAGGCCUCCUGCCGCGGCAUCACAGCCUGGAGGACUCUCUCCGGCUCGCCGCACUACAAGCAGGUCACCAGCUAUGAGGACGACGUCAACCCAAAGCAGAAGAGAGGUUUCUUUAGGAUUCCCAGCUUCAGAUUCUUUCCAAGACAGGGGGAUGAAAAGGACGGUGUAUUCCGCAUGAGCCUGAGCCCCGAUGGCACCCUCCUGGCCGUCAUCCACUUCUCUGGCCGCCUGUCUGUCUGGGACGUCCCCUCGCUCAGACAGAGGACCACAUGGAGCCAGGACCAACAGCCGGGAUUUGAAGAGAUCAACCCCGAGUGGAAGACAUCGCUGGAGAGAAGGAAGAAGAUAAAAGAUAAGGAGCAGUAUUACCCGCUGGUGGAUGUGAGCUGGUGGAGCGACAACGUGUUGAUUAUGGCUCGCUGCUCCGGCUCCGUCACCGUCUCGUCAGUCAGGACACUCUGCAACCUGCUGGGCAAAUCCUGCGAGUGGUUCGAGCCCUCGCCUCGAGUCACCGCGGCGCACGACGGGGGGUUCCUCAGCCUGGAGUGUGAGGUGAAGCACGCCCAGAAGCGCCAGCGCCUGGAGAGCAACCUGAGCGCUGGGUCGGGCGAGGACGAAGAGGGCGACGAUGGAGGCGACUCUGACUCAGACGAAGAGUCCUCAGCCAAAGCCCGCUACUUUGGCUACAUCAAGCAGGGUCUGUAUUAUGUGACAGAGAUGGAGCGCUUUGCCCCGCCGCGCAAGCGCCCCCGCACCGUGGUCAAGAACUACCGCCUGGUCAGCCUGAGGUCAACGACGCCAGAGGAACUGUACCAGAGGAAGAUUGACAAUGAGGAAUAUGGUGAGGCGCUUUCUCUUGCCCACGCGUAUAGUCUGGAUUCCGAUCUGGUCUACCAGAGACAGUGGAGGAAAAGUACCGUCAGCAUCGCCUCCAUCCAGGAUUAUCUGAGCAAGAUCCGCAAGCGCUCGUGGGUGCUGCAUGAGUGUGUGGAACGCGUCCCGGAGAAUGUUGAUGCUGCCAAGGAGCUGCUGCAGUAUGGCCUGAAGGGAACUGACCUUGAGGCCCUCAUAGCCAUAGGGAACAAAGAGGAUGGGGGCAGGUUUAUCAUGCCAGGAGAUGUUGACCUCGAUGACCUCCCUUACGAAGACAUCCAGUCGGAUGACGAGGAGCUGGAGGAGAAGAAGAAGGAGAAGGAGAACACGAAGAGACAAGAACUGCUUGCCAAGGUGGACUUUAGCAGGCUAACUCUGGAGCAGAAGGAGCUGUGUCGGAGCCGAUUGAAACUUCUCUCCUACCUGGACCGACUGGCCACAUAUGAGGAGAUACUCGGUGGCCCUCACGCAGCAGAGCAGAAAUACGACGCCGAGUUCUUCAAGAAGUUCCGCAGUCAAAAUAUAGUUUUGUCCGCGAGGAACUAUGCCAGGGAGAGUAACGUGCAGGCUCUGGACAUCCUCUUCACGUACCAUGGAGCAGAUCUCCUCCAGCACCGACUAGCCAUCCUAAACAAUUUCCCAGAAACCACCUCUCCACACGAGUACACCAUUCUGCUGCCUGAGGCCAGUCUGGAUGACAAAGGCGAGUUGGUAUUGAUUCCAUGGGAUGAGCAGAGACACAGAGAGAUGGACUGGUGCGAGACAGAGGAGUGCAGAGCGGUGCUGGACCAGAACUUGUUCGACGAUGACAGUUUCCUGUACGAGGAGAUUCCAGAGCUGCUGAGGUUUCGCACUGCCUCACCCCCAAUCGAGCUGCUGACCGACUGGUAUCAGAGCAGAGCCCAGGACAUCGACUCCUGCUCCAGACAGGUGGACUGCGCCCUGUCACUGGUGCGCCUGGGGAAGGAGCGGGAGAUCCCAGGGUUGACGCUCCUGUGCGAUGACUUGGUCACCAUGGAAACGAUUGUGUAUGAAACAUCAUGCGAAUUGAGUCUGACAUUUAAAGAGCUGCAGCAGUUAAGCGACAUCGAUAAGCUCCGCCUGCUCAUGAAUAAUUCCAGCACCGAGCGCUACGUGAAAGAUGCUUUCCAGUGGAUGGUGCCGUUCCUGCACCGCUGUGAGGGACAGACAGAGGGCGCCGCUAAGUGUCUGCUCAGAGAAUACCUGACCAGCCUGGCCCAGGGAGACCUGGCGCUGCCCCUCGUCGUCUUCCAGCACUCCAAACCUGACUGCCAGCAGAAGAUCAUCGGGGACCCGGACCAGCUGAUGGUGGUCGCUCUGGAGUGCAUCUACAGCUGUGAGCAGGAUGACCAGCUCAGCCUCUGUUAUGACAUCUUGGAGUGUCUGCCGCAGAGGGGCUACGGGCCGGAGACGGGCAUCACCGCAUCACUCCACGAUCAGGUGGACAAACUUGAGAAGCAUCUCAGUGUGGUGGAGGUUCUGGAGAAGCAUGGUCUGCAGAAGCCCAUCUCAUACGUGAGGAACAGCCAGAACAGUGAAGAGGAAGCCCACCAACUCAUGGUCAAACUGUGUCGCCACACUGGACGCAAGAACCCUCCAGUGAGUGAGACGGUGUGGAGAGGGCUGCUGCAGGACCUGCUGGACAUGCAGCAGAACGUCUACACAUGUCUGAAACCAGAGACAUGUCACCAGGUAUUUGUGGAAUCUCUGCUGUGCUCCAGCCGUGUGGAGAACUUUCGUCUGGCCGGGCAGCUCAUGCAUUGCUCCAAGGUCAGCCAAGAUGUUCCUGUCAGCUUGUCAUUCCGGGGGAAAGGUUAUGCUCUGAAGGUGGCCUAUGACAACAGUGUGGAAUUAGUGUUGGCUGCUGCCAGAGAAUACUUCAACUCCUCCACAACGCUGACAGACCCCUGCAUGGACCUGGCCAGGGCGUGUCUCCAGCUGAUCUCAGACAGUCCUCCGGCUGUCCAGGAGGAGCUGGACCUCAUCAGCGCCCUCGGCCAACUGGAGGACUUCAAUGUGAACAUCCUCCCACUGCAAGUGCGCCUGCGAUCGAACCGCCUUUCUCUCAUGGACGAGUGCAUCGCCCACUGCUCCACAGCGUACAAGCAGUCCACAACUCUGCUGAACCUGGCCUCACUUCUCCGAGUGGCAGGAGAUGACGAGGCCACGCGAAAAGGCCAAGUGCUGAACCUGCUGGCUGAGCAAGCUCUCCAAUGUCUGGACUUCAAGACCUCUUACAUCCACUGUCAGGACCUCAUGGCUGCAGGUUACAGUCCAGCCUGGGACGUGUGCAGUCUGCUCGGUCAGUGCGAGGGAUACUCGGAGCUGGAGGCUCGGCAGGAGCUUUUAGCCUUCUCUCUCACCCACUGUCCCCCAGACAACAUCCACGGCCUCCUGGCUGCCUCUAGUGACCUGCAAACUCAGGUUUUGUGCCAGGCAGUUAACUAUCAAAUGGAGCCUGUUAUGAGUGAGAGUGGACGAGAGGCUGAUGAGGCAGACUCUGUGAAGGCUUCUUCUCCAUCUCUGGGAACGCCUGUUGGGACCGCGGGGGACCUGCUGCACCGGACUACAGCCAAGACCAUGAAAGUGCUGACCACUACAGGACUGACCACGAAGGCUGUGCUGACCGCAGUGAGCGACCACCGCUGGUGGAAAGAAUCAAUCAACUACCUGCGACCUCUGCAAGGUCACGGCUCGGGGGCCACCAGUCAGGAAGGGGCGCGUGAGAACUCGAACCUGGAGCAUCAAGGCUGUAGCCCCUUUUAUCAGGAGCUCAUCGAGGACCCCUAUGCAGACCUGAGUCAAGAUGUGUACUCGUCCUACAAAGACCUGCCCCAGGAAAACUUUGCAGAGGUUUUGUUGAGAACUGGGAAACUGGCCGAGGCCAAAACUGAAGGAAAAACCCUGUUUCCUGCUACAGAGGUGCUGCUGCAGCUGGCCAAUGAUGCAUUUCCCAGGGACAUGAUGCUGGCUCUGUCCUACUUACUGGCCCUGCCUCAGGUGUUGGAUGCAAACAGGUGCUUUGAGAAACAGUGUCACUCUGCCUUGUCGCUCCAGCUGGCGGCGUACUACUACUCCCUGCAGAUCUACUCCCGCCUCAAACCCUGCCUCAAAAACAAGAACCACACUCUGUACCAGGCUGACCCCAAGGAGCUGAUUCGAUUGGUCACGCAGCACGUGUCUGCUUACUCGAGUUGGCCGGAGGAUCUGAAGAAGUUGAUAGGUCAGCUGCAAGUGUACAACGAGCGUCUUACUGACUUCACCCAGGCCCAGUUGUUGCAGGGGCUGGGCCGCGGCGUGGACGUCCAGCGCUUCAGCUCAGACUCCGACUACAAGAAGGAAACCAUUCUUGGCCUCACAGAGACCCUGGAUGACAGCGUGUACAGAAUCGCUCUGUCUCUGGCGAAGCGCUACAGUGUGCCUCUGUGGGAGGUCUACAUGACUCACCUUGAGUUCCUCUUCACAGACAGCGGUUUUUCCACCAAAGAUAUUGAAUCCCGGAGCGAGUCCCUUCGUCUCUUUGACACUUUGAAGACUGACCCCCAGGCGUUCUACAGCCACAUGACCAAGUACGUGCUGCCGACUGUGGAAGGAACUGACCUCGGCCGCUUGCUCUACUACUACACCCUCCUGGACGCUGCGGGCUGUGAGCCUCACGUCACGACCACCGUCAAGCCGGACUCCCAUGUCAAAAUGCUCAAGAAGCUUCGAGCUGUCGCCAACGGCUUGGAUUACCGCAAGCUGACCGAUGAAUCCUUGGAUCCGCUGGUCACUCUGCAGUCAGUACUGACCAGUCAGAACGUUCUGUCCAUCUCCAAACUCGCCAAUCGUCUGCCUGUGCCCGGUGGCGGAGGAGCAACGGUCUCCCCCAGUGCAGUCCAUUCGGUUUGGCUGCAGAAGCUGUUUUGGAAAGGAGACCCCCAGUUGCUGAAGAGGCCCCCACAGAGCGACCCAGACUACCUGCACGCUUACGACACCUGCGCCAAGUAUCUGGACAGACUGGUCCCGGCCGACGUGGUUCACCUCCUGGAUAAUAUCACCUUCUCACCUGACGCAGCCAAAAUUCUGAGCAUCCAGGCGAGGUCGGAGGUGAUAAAGCGAGCCACCAAGGGCCUGCGCCAGCUGGCCGAGAAGAGCCGGAAGAGAGGAGGCGAUGGCGGCGGGGAGCACGAGGGGAUGGGCCCAGCGGGGAUGACUUUUGAUGAGGCGAUGGCGCACCUGCAACAAUCUCAGGCCCACCUGGACACUCUGAGCCAUGACAUCAUUCUAUCAUUCAGAGACAGCCAGCAGGAGCAGCUCCAGAGUUACAGUCGACUUUAUGAUUUGUCUCGGUCCGAGAGGUCAAAAGUACACGAGCUGGCAGUCACCAUGGCAACUGAUGGACAGCCCCUGGAGUGCAUUGGGAAGCUUCUGUGCGUCGCUGUUGGGCCUCUAGACCUGUCCGUCAAAACUGUGCUUCAUGAUGGUGUGGCGAGAGUCGUGGCUGCGCUCAGUGGAGACCCAGAUGCCCUGACAAAUUACUCACAGCCCCUCAGGGUCCUGGAGGCCAUGGUAACCACUGUGCACAACAAUGUCCAGAGUGGUGACAGCACGGUGACUUCAGACGACCUCCUGGCUUGGCUGCGUCCGUUCUGCGGGGACUCCUCGCUCCCCGUGCGGCCUCGGAUUGAUGUGCUCCAGAUCCUGGAGAGCAACUUCAGCCUGCGAGACAGCGAUGUCCGUCUUCUCCUGCUCUACAGGACGCAGGCUGUUCUCAAAGACAGAAAGGUCCAGAUAGAAGACGUAGAAAAUGAGGACAAGCGAUACUCUCUCUUCCUGGAGCUGCUGGACGCUGCUCAGAAGUGGGAGGACUUUCAGCUGCUCAUGCUGCUCCUCCAAGCAUGGCCACCGAUGUUGAAAGAGGAAGUGUCCGUGUCGGAGCGUAACCCCUGGGUUGUGCUGACCACGGCCCUGCUGACCCGCUGCCAGGGGUCAGAGGUCAAACUGGAUCUGGGUCAGCAAAUAGUCGCCAUGGUGCGGACUCUCUACAACACCAAGCACAAGCCCCCCGUUCAGUGCAUCAGAAACAUAGCCACCCUGCUGCUCCAGAACCAGCCGAGCCUGCAGCAACCCGCGCUCAAGCUGAUGGCUGAAACCGGUGAUGAGGAACUGCUGCAGCUGACUCUGGAUCAGAUCAACAGCAUGACACCAGAGACGGCUGCCUCCAGCGACGCCGAGCUCCUGUCGCUGCUCCUGGACGCCGGGCUCCUGGUGGGCUGCGUCUCCUCGGCCCUGUACCCCCUGCUCAGCUCCCACAUGCUGUCCCACCAGCAGGAGGGGGGGGGCUGGGACGUGGAGAAGGCUGCAGCCGAGCUGAUGGCGGCGGGCCACAGGCCGGAGGCGGGCUCCCUGCUGCUGGCUCACCGCGGAACUCACCAGGGCCAGUUCACCUUCAACUCGGCAUUGGCUGUUCUCCGGAAGUGGCUGUGAGGGGAGA